AUGAUUGCUCCUGGUUAUAAAAUUUAUAUUUUUUAUAUGAAAUUAGCGUUCUUAUCCGUAUUUAUAUUUGCUCCAUGGACGGCCACCUGUUGGGAUUUCAGAGCAGUGGAUCUACCGGACGACGUUUUCAUCCCAAGAUUCUCUAUUUGGCGAAAUCGUGCUUUCUUAGCCAUCCCGAGAUGGCAGAGAAAUGGAUCCUCCGAAGAUACGGGAACGUUAUUCGAAGCAGUUUGGCCGGAGUCGAGUUUUCCAGCCGUCAAACCCAGAAAAGUGGUCUCGUCGGUUUUACAUAAUAAACCUGUUAACGAUGACUGUCUUCGAUCGGUAGUGGAUGUGGACGUUGAUGGUCGAGGACGUUUAUGGGCGCUGGAAGUACCCGAUAACAAUGACUGUACCGCUAGAAUCGUCCUGUAUAAUCUGAAACGGAAUAAUCUAUUGGUGUCAUCUACGGACCUGACGAAUGUACCGACGACGAACUUACGGGCCCUCGCUGUCGAUCAAUCGGGAUCCAGAGCAUACAUCGGGGAUUCUGGCGAUCAAUCGAUCAUAGCUUUUAUGCCAGAGAAAGAGAAAUGGUGGACAAUCAAGAUGGUUCACGGACCGGAAGUGCCACGAGUUUUCAGUACCGAUCUAGCGAUUUCGAAAAAGAACUCGAUGCUGUACGUAACAGGUUCAGCCACACUUGAUUUAUUCAGUGUCAAUUUAGAAGAAUUAUGGAACCAGGACGCCAACUUAUUAUCUAACAGUAAAUCGAGAAACGUCUCGGUGAUCUGGCACGGUACCAAAAUGGCCGCUUCAGCGGGGCUUUUCUGCGAUGUCAAGGACGGUCUCCACUAUUUUAUGUCGUCGGAAAGAGCUAGCGUGCGUUGGGACACGAGACUUCCCCUGAGGGCGGAAAGUCAUUCGGUACUCGUGCAGAAUGAGGAUUGUCCGUGCAUAACCGAUUACGCUAUGGACAGUCAGAAGAACUUGUGGGGCUUGAUAAACUCGGAAUGUCCGCCAAGGAGAAACGGUUCACCGAUAUCGUCGCUUAAAUUCAGGACCAUAAAAAUCGGGAAAUAUCCGACAUCUUGA